GCCUACACCAAACAAAUAACACAAACUAUCUUCCAAACUGACCAUCACCGCAUCAUGACCGCCAAAACCCAGGGAAUCGAGGAUGCAUUCAAACCGUACGACCAGUUCAUUCUCUUCGGAGACUCGAUCACACAGAUGAGCUGCAACCAAGAUCUGGGUUUCGCAUUCCAUGCAGCCGUUCAAGACUCCUAUAGUCGAAGAUUGGAUGUGGUCAAUCGUGGCCUAUCUGGCUACAACUCUGCUCAUGCAGUCAAGGUGUUCGAUAAGUUCUUCCCUGCGCCGCAGACAGCUACUGUGCGGUUCAUGACCAUCUUUUUUGGCGCCAACGAUGCUUGUGUUCCAGGCCUCAGCCAGCAUGUCCCCUUGGACCAAUAUGAAAAGAACCUCAAAACAAUUAUCCAGCACCCAGCAACGCGUGCACAGAACCCGCGGCUCAUUCUAAUCACCCCGCCGCCUGUCAAUGAACACCAACUGGAGGGUUUCGAUGCUUCUAAAGACACCCCAUUCCCAAGCAGAACUGCUAUCUUGACCAAGUCAUAUGCAGCAGCUGCGCGAGAACUCGGUGUAUCGCUCAACAUUCCGGUAGUAGAUUUGUGGUCGGCUUUCAUGAAACCCGCUGGUUGGAAAGAAGGAGAGCCCUUGAUUGGGUCUCACGAAGUGCCUAAUAACGAGACAUUCGCCAGUCUUUUCACCGAUGGGCUGCAUUUAGCACCGGCUGGAAACCGUAUCGUCUACGAAGAAUUGAUGAAGGUAAUCCACGCCAAUUGGCCGGAUCAGACUCCGGAAGCUCUUCCGAUGGUGUUCCCCUCAUGGGAGGUUGCCCCGAAAUGA